GGACCUUAUUUUACAGGCAUCCAACCCCUGCUCCCCACUCUGCCUCCAAAGCAUUUUUGCAUGUGAGAGAAACACAAUGGGAAGGAAACCUAAAUAUCUUCUGAAGCUCAUAGAAAGGGCUAAUGUGGAUGAAAGUACAGUUCCUUCUGUUCCGGGCAUGCAAUUGGAGCCCAAUAAUAGUAAUCCCUCCUUGCAGCCUGAAAGCUCAAACCAGCCUGCAAAUGCUACCUUGGAGGGGGUGGAACCAAACCUCCAAAUGCAAUCACACUUCGCUAAAUCAUAUUCAAGAAAGACAGCGAGGCAAACCUGUGCUAAGGUUAGGAGAUCCGAGCGUCUUAAAAAUUCAGUUGUGUUCACUCACAACCAAGAUCUUGAGCAUGUCAUUGAAGAGAUAACUCUUAUUGGAGGCGAGGAAGGGGAUGGCCAUGCGGACGCAAAAAUGUCAGAGCAUACUUCAAUGGGCAAAAACUUGGAAGAAAAAGUAGACUAUAUUCUGGAAAUGUUAGAGGCACAAGGGAAGACCGCAGAUGUGAAAUAUAAGGCAACCAAGAACUCCUUUAGUGGGAGCUGUAGUGGUGGGGAUGAUAUUACAUAUAAAAGUUUGUAUAUUGACUCCCAAAAGAAGGUUGAAGCCUUAAUGGAAGAAAAUUAUCAGCUUAAUUUGAAGUUUCAAAAUGCUCUUGGCAAAAUAGAAGCAUAUGAGAAGGGGAAUCCUAUGGCUUGUGAUGUGCUGGAGAAGUUCAAUGAGAUAUUGCUCUCAAGCCUUUCGAAAAUCUCUGCACGGGAAGCCGGUCUUGAGCAUAGGACUCCUGCUAAGAGAAAGACACUUGACAAGCAAACAAGAAAGAACUGAUCUUCUGAAAGUCAGUUUUGCUUUGAUGGAACUAGUCAGUUUUGUAUCUAUGCUCACUUUUGACGUGUCUUUUGUAUCCCUAAACUUUUGAGCGACACUCUUACUGUGCGCAACUUUAGACCAACAUGGUCUUGCUGAUGAACUGAAUUGAUGCCUAAGGAAUGGUUAAACCGGGCAUUCAAAGAAA